UUACGCUACCAAUAAACUCACGGUUGCACGUGUCGUGUGCUACAAUAUAACACGCGACAAAUGCCUAUCGACGUGGUAUACACGUCGCUGACGAUUUUGGAACGAAAGCAUCUCGACGUGCGUGGCACGUCUUUCUAGCGCAAGUGGUUAACCAAGUAGCGGUAGAUUGUGACAGUGAGUGAUUUAUUAGGUUGCAAGAAAGAUAAACAUAAAACAAUGACGAUGUCUAAGGAAUAUAAUCACAGUGUAAAAUACAUGAAAGAUUUGAUGAUCAAAGCUGAACGUAUACUCGCUUAUAUGCAAAUGUGUCGAAAAUACGAGACGCAAGAUGAAAAAGUACUUCCAAUGAUUGAUAAUCAUCCUAUGCAAUUACCAACAACCGAUAACAAUAUCCUUCCAUUUCAAACAGUUAGACUAUGAAAGACUUUCAAUAUCUCAUUAAUUUUUGGCGUCGACUAAAUUUUGCGCAAAUAAUCACCAAAGAAUUACGUACAGAAAAAUGCCAGUUACUGAUACAAGCGAACUAUUUACGAAAAUUGAUGAAACGCUACUUUAUUGAUGAGACAAGUCCGAUGUAGUUCGAAGCAUAUAUUUCGACAAAUCAAUGAAUAGUACACAUAACAAAGGUCUACUAAAAAUCGGUUUAUUAUCAUCAAGUACAAGUGUGAUGGUGGUACUCGUAUACCAUUGAAAAUGACGUGAUUAUAUCAAUUUCUUCUCAGAGGUAUUCUCACGUAUUUACAUGAGAUCAUAAACGUUAGAUCAUAAUAAAGAAUCAAAAAUGCAGUAAUAUGAACAAUUUGUGUAAGAAUUUCAAAUUUCUUAUGCAUUCCUAUAACAAGCAUACAGUGUACCGAUAAACAUGAGACGUGUAGAGUACAGCUUGUUUUUAAUAAAUAGAAUUGUUCAUAGCUGCGAUAAUUCAUUAUAAUCACAAAUCUAACUUAUUUCGCAUAU